GUCCCGAGCGGAAGCGCCUUGAGCGGAAGCGGAAGUGAACGAGGCGGCUGUGGCGGUUGCGGUGGCUGAGGCGGCUGGGCCUAGGGCGCAGCGGGCGCGUUGCGGCUGGUGUUGGCGCAUCUCUAGAUGUUGCCAGCACCUGCCCGGCUGUCAAGGAGUGGUUUGUAUAUCCUGGGAACCCACUGAGGCACCCGGACCUCGUCAGGCCACUGCAGAUGACUGUUCCAGGGGGAACGCCUAGUUUGAAAAUAUUAUGGCUGAAUCAAGAGCCAGAAAUGCAGGUUCGGCGCUUGGACACACUCCUCGCCUGUUUCAACCUUUCCUCCUCAAGAGAAGAACUGCAGGCUGUCGAAAGCCCGUUUCAAGCUUUGUGCUGCCUCUUGAUCUACCUCUUUGUGCAGGUGGACACUCUUUGCCUGGAGGAUUUGCAUGCGUUUAUUGCGCAGGCCUUGUGCCUCCAAGGAAAAUCCACCUCGCAGCUUGUAAAUCUACAGCCUGAUUACAUCAACCCCAGAGCCGUGCAGCUGGGCUCCCUUCUCGUCCGCGGCCUCACCACUCUGGUUUUAGUCAACAGCGCGUGUGGCUUCCCCUGGAAGAUGAGUGAUUUCAUGCCCUGGAAUAUAUUUGAUGGGAAGCUUUUUCAUCAGAAGUACUUGCAGUCUGAAAAGGGUUAUGCUCUGGAGGUGCUUUUAGAACAAAAUAGAUCUCGGCUCACCAAAUUCCACAACCUGAAGGCAGUGGUUUGCAAGGCCUGCAUGAAGGAGAACAGACGCAUCACCGGCCGAGCCCAAUGGGGCUCACACCAUGCAGGGAGGUGGGGAAGACAGGGCUCCGGCUACCACAGGACGGGCUCUGGGUAUAGCCGUUCCAGUCAGGGGCAGCCGUGGAGAGACCAGGGACCAGGAAGCAGACAGUAUGAGCAUGACCAGUGGAGAAGGUACUAGCCGUCCUCCAGAAAGAGCAUGGAGAGAAAAAGAGGCACACCUGGACGCAGAGCCCUGCCAGCGCCCUCCUCUGCUGUCGCAGCUGCAAGGAGACCAUGCCUGUGGGAGCCGGGCCUCGCUUGCAUGAAGAAGGAAAGAUGCUUUUUCAGUGGUGCCUCCGCCCAUCAUGCAGAAGAGCUUUUGUUGGCUUCUCUCCCGAGCUUGUGCCUGAUUCUGUGGCCCAAAACAAUCAUUGUUAAUAUCUUCGUGUAUUUCAUUCUGAUCUUUCAUUCAUAUAUAUGAUGCCUAGCUAAUUUCAUUUUAAAAUAAAUGGGGAUCUGUUGUAUUCUAAUUUUUUAUUAACAACACUAGAUUAUGAGGGAUUGUCUCCUGUUAUUAGAAAGUCAGAAAACACUAUACAGUAGUCCUCCCUUAUCUGUGGGAGAGACACCCCAAGACCCUCAGUGGAUGCCUGAGACUGUGGAUAGUAUGUGUGGAACCCUACAUAUAUGUAUACACGUGGCUUUUUCCUCUACGUACAUACUGUGGCAAAGCUUAACAAGGAACAGUAAGAGAUUAACAGCAGUCAAUAACUAAUAAAAGUUACGUGAAUGUGAUCUCUCUCAAAAUAUCAUACUGUAAUCACCCUUCUUGCUAUCUGAAAACCAAGACCACCACUAAGUGACUCAUGGUCGGAGAAGCUGGAUGCGGGGCUGAUUCAUGUCCCGGGCAUGACAGAGCAGGAGGUACGAAGUUUCAUCACACUACUCACAAUGGCGAGCAAGUUAAAAUGGAUUUCCCAUUGAAUGUUUUCAGACAUGAGUGGACCAUGAGGAACCAAAACCCCAGAAAGUGAAGCUGGGCAUAUUUCAGAAAUUCUUUUCUAAUCAGAAAUUCUAAUCAAACAUAAGUUUCCAACUAUGUGUGCUCUUGGUCCUGAGAAGUGUUUGAACAGAAAAGUAACAACUAACUUCCCACCUUUCUGGUGGAAGAGUUAAUUCUGCCUGGAGGGUUCUGCCUGGGAGGCAUGACAGCAUGUGUGUGACUCCUGUGUCUGUUUCUGUGGAGUCAUCCCUUUCAUUUCAUUUUGCCAGGGCCUGGCUCAGGAUUUUCAGUGGCAGUGCCUGUGAGGACAGGCCUGGCCCUCCAUGCAGUCACACAGGAAAUCCACAGAGAACAUGCUGAGAGCAGCCGGCGGCUGUGCUGCCAGCAGGCCUGGUUUAUGAUGCCGCAAGUGAAUGGCACGUUUGUUCCUCUUUAUCUCUAAGCAUUGGAGGCUUUUGUUUUUUUAAAAAAAUUAAGUUCAGAGUAAUCCUUUUCAUGGAAGAAUCUUCAGGUCAUCCAAGAAUUGAAAUUUUAAGCCCCAGAUUGUACGGAGCUGUACCUGUGGCGAAAGGAAUGACCAGGGUGUUGAUGAUAGGAAAGAUUCAGAUGAGGAGUUAGAAAGCCAGCCCUCUGUGGGAGGCCGUCUUCCAGAAACCUCGAACUCAUGUCUCUCUCCACCUGAGAAAGGAGAGGAAAAGCUGGUGUGACCCCCCGUCCCGCUGGGCCACGCUGUGGCUCUGAAGGUGCCCAGGGUCCUUAGGAGUGCUCACUUCUGUCACCUGAAGACACUUCCUUCUGGUUGUUGCUCUUUAAAAACAAAAUAAGCCCCUGAACGUGCUUGCAGGCCCGUUUGUGUGCCUGCAGUUGACGAAUUACCUUGACCAACAGGCCAAAGGCACAGAGCUCCAAAGCGUCAUCUUUCCUUAAAAUCCUGAGCGUUUACUAAAAAGGGACACGGCCUCUGGGUAUUUUAUGACAUUUGUAUUUCUUACAUUUUAAAUACCCUAACCACUCCCUUCAGUUUCUUCUUAAGGACAUUUACAUCUAAUUAUUUUCCAUGCAAGUCUUGUAGGACCCACAUUUUUGCUAGCUUUGGAAAUAGAUUUUUUUCAUUGCUCUUGUGAGGAUUUCCCCAUGUCAGUAAACAUUAACUUGCUAUUUCUUCCAUCUUUGCUUAUUUGAAACCCUGCUGCUUCUAGAUCUAUUUCUUUGCAUUUGUAUAACUUUGAAAUAAAUUCCUCAUCCCUUAGACUAAGAGAGUGGGCAUCUCUGAAAAUUGUUUUCUCCUUCAUAAUACCUAAAUUCUAGUUUGUCAAUGAAAUAUUUGUGUUUGGUUAACAAGCCUUAUUUAAGCCAUUAAGUUAAUAUAAUCUUCAUUACACUUGAAAAACCAGAGAACUGAAUUUUUUGUCAUUCCAAUAUGUAAGUUAACACUGCAGUCAAGUCUUAUGAUGAAAUUUCCAUGUAUCAAAUUGAAAGUAAAGCAAAAUAUGUUUAUUACUCAUAA